UGUUGCUACAGUUCGUUACAGGCCUAACGAAACUACAUUUUAACAAAUUAAAUACAUUUCACACACGGUUCCGAAUACCUUACUUGUAAUAAUAACGAUAAAAAUAUCAAUCAUAAUAAUAAUAAAACAAUAAUACUGACAACGAUGACAAAGUUCCUGCUUCAAUUCUGUAGCACCGUAAAAUUGUAACAAAAAUAAUAAAAAUAUUCUAUUUUAUUUGUAUCCUAAAAAAUUCAGUUCCGUGUGCUUCCGAGUGUCGAGUUUUUUCUUUUUUUGGUAAUUUUUUUUUUUUUUUUUGUUCUACUUCUUCUCGUCCUUCUCUUACUUAUCCGUUCUCAUUCGUUACCACGGACGUUAAAGCGCGGUUGCGGCAGUGACCGGCAUCUGCUGAACGGUACAUUGGAGAGUGAAAAUAAGAUGGGAACGACAAACGCGGACACCGAGACGGGGCAUCAAAACGACGAGGCGAGCGUGGCGGGAGGCUCGAUCGAGUCCUUCUUCGCAAACGCGGUGAUCCUUGUAACCGGAGCGACCGGCUUCCUGGGCAAAGCGCUGCUCGAGAAGCUGCUGAGAUCCUGUCCUCGACUCGGCACAAUUUACGUCCUUAUACGCGCGAAGAAAGGACAAUCCGUCGAACAGAGGCACCAGGAGCUCAUGGACAACCCGGUUUUCAACAGAAUACGAUGGGAGUAUCCCGGCAACAUUGGCAAAGUGAUACCGGUCAAGGGUGACGUCGCAAUGCCGGAUCUCGGUCUCAGCCCCGAAGACAGAGCGAUGCUGACCCAGAGGGUGACGAUAGUUUUUCACAGCGCGGCUACGGUCAGAUUUGACGAGCCCUUAAAAGUAGCCGUCAACCUCAAUACGCGAGGCACCGAGCGAAUGGUAGAGCUCUGCAAGUCCAUGGAGAAUUUGGUCAGCUUCGUCCACGUCAGUACCGCCUACAGUAACGCCGAUCAAAAGCGUAUCCGAGAAGCGGUUUACACCACGAGAAUUCUACCCCAGGCGAUGAUCGAGAUGUGCGAAAACCUCGACGACGAGACGUUGGCGCUCCUGGAGAAGAGGCUAAUCGGCAAGCAUCCGAACACGUACACACUGACGAAAGGACUCGCCGAACAAAUCGUCUCGACGAAGGGCGUCGGCUUGCCAAUAGCCAUAGUCAGGCCCAGCAUAGUGUGCGCGGCUUAUCAGGAACCGUUUCCCGGAUGGGUCGACAACGUCUGCGGAAUCACGGGAAUAAUGAUGGAAAUUGGCCGAGGAACGAUACGGAGUAUCGUUUGCAACGCUGAUCUGAUCGUCGAUGUCGUCCCGGUCGAUCAAGUCGUCAACACCCUGAUAUCAGCAGCUUGGCACAACGUCAUGUGCAGACCGAAAUCACUUCAGAUCUACAACUGUACGAGCGGAUCGUUAAACCCGAUCAGGUGGUCGGAAUUUGGAAGUCUGACGAGGAAGCACGCUAUCGAUUCACCGACGAAAUACGUCAUGUGGUAUCCGGGAUUUACCUUCAGGACAAAUAAAUUCAUCCACAAGCUAUUGGUCGGAAUUUUACACUUUUUACCAGCGUUUAUAAUCGACCUUGUCCUCAGAUGCCAAGGUGGAAAGCCCAUAAUGAUGAAGAUAACGCGAAGGUUUGAGAAAGCGGCGAAAACCGGUGAAUUUUUUGCUGUAAACGAAUGGCUAUUCGAGGCUGAUAAUAUGAAGAAUUUAGUCAAAGACGUGAAAAUGACGAGUGACGCGAACGAGUUCAACGUCGACAUGACCUACAUGGAUUGGGAUGCCUACGUUCAUCAGUACAUGCUUGGAAUUAGAAAAUACAUAUUAAAAGACAGUCCGGACACCCUAACCAAGGCUAGAAGCCGGCUUCUGAAACUCUACUGGGCUCACAGAAUAACGCAGGCGUUCAGUGUCAUCGUUGUCAUAAAAAUGAUAGCUAGUUUUGGUCGGUGAUGUUUGUGAAACGGAGCAAAACGAGAGAAAAAAAGGGGGAAAAAAUUAUUCUUAUUUCAGUCUGUCGAUGUUCUGUGAAAAAAAUAUUUAUUCACUUUUUUUUUUUUUUCUUUCGAUUUCAUUUUUUCAUAUAAUCAUCAUUACGCACCUCAACUAUUGCCACGUGCGGUUUUCGAACGAGGAAUCUGACGGAAAAAAUGGGAGGGGGGCAAAGAAUGAAAGAAGUAAAAAAAGGAACAAAAGUACUUUAUAAGAUAGCGUUAUCAUACUAAUAUAGCCUUGUAGAUGUACAUACAUUACGAUGCCGUUUACUGUUUUAUUAUAUUUACUGUUCCACAAUGUAUUAUCUACGAUAAUGUGAGGAAGUUACAUUCGGAGACCGGACGAUGUAUUAUACGACACGUAACAUGCAGUUAUACGCGAAAAUAUUAUUUAAUUAUAGGGAUUGAUGUGGAGAUUAAAAAGAAACGUGUUUAAUUUAA